UACUAACCUAUAAAUCAAAAAUAUUCUAAUGUUUUGUUGCAGAGCAUUAAAACGUAAUUUCAAGUGAAAUAGUAAUUCGUCGACAUUUUCUUCGACUUUUUUAACUUGUUACUUGACCACCUACUUGUGCGAGGAGGAUUUAUAAUAUACUAUAUAAAACUACGUAGUUAGAUAAAAUUUGCAAUUAGAUCUUUUAGAUAGCUAUUUAGAUGCAUUUACUUAAAAGGAAGCUAAAUAGGUCGUUGAUAGUUUUCAAAUCAUGGCAAUUAGAUCUUAUUAAGCAAUAAACUACAUAUUUAACAUCAGAAGGAGCAAAUAAUUCGGCAACAUGUCCCUGACUGUUAUGCAUCAGUUUGUCAACAAUCUUAAAUCUAAGAAUGAGCAGACGAGAAAUCAAGCAGCUAAAGAACUGUUUGUUUAUGUCAAGAACGACCUGAGAGAUGCUACUCCGGAACAAAUUACGGUUUUUUUAGACGAAUUUAAUCAUCAUAUUUUUGAAAUGGUGUCUAGUAAUGAUAUUAAUGAAAAGAAAGGAGGCAUUUUAGCAAUUGUAUGCCUAAUCAGGGCGGACGUCGUCUAUGUGGCAACCAGGAUUAGCAGAUUUGCUUCGUAUUUGCGAAAUUUAUUGGUCUCCAAUGACAUUACCAUUAUGGAAAUGGUGGCUAAAACUUUGGCAAGUUUGGCCCUGGUAUCGGGCUCAAAAGCUUCUGGAUAUGUGGAAUUUGAAGUGAAAACUGCUUUGGAGUGGUUAUACUUGGAUAGAGUUGAGUCAAAACGUCAUGCAGCUGUUUUGGUUCUAAAGGAAUUUGCUACCGCUCUGCCCACAUAUUUUUACCAGCAUGUGUCUCAGUUCUUCGAGUCUAUUUUUUGUGCUAUCCAAGAUCCCAAGCAAGCCAUCCGAGAAGCUGCUAUAGAAGCGCUGAGAGCGGCUUUAGCUGUGGCUGCCCAGCGAGAGAAUGCCAAAGACAUUCAAAGAAGCACCACUUCAUGGUACAAGCAGUGUUAUGACAUGUCUGGCAAAUUGCUGUCUGUGGAACGAGGGGAAAGAAUUCGGGACGAUAGAGCACACGGUUCUCUGCUCAUCUUAAACGAACUGCUCUGUUGCGCAAAUGUGUCCUGGGAACGAAAAUACAUAGCUCUUCAAGAAAGUACUGAUCCAAAACGGGAGGAAGAAAUUGAACAAUUCAGUCUAAGUCGACCUCAAUUUAUGUAUCUUAUGCAUGCCAAAAAAAAAUCACACAACCUCAUCAAUGCUACCUCACUAGCUGAAAAGCCAGUGGUUAUUGAAUCCAUCAUAUGUCAUCAAUUAGUCAGUGAAAAGUUUGAUUAUAUUUGCAUGGAUGUUUUGGCUCAAAAAUCACUAAAAGUCAACUUUGUGCAGCAAACUCUAUUAACUAUUAUGCCCAGAUUGGCUGCAUUUAAUAAGGAAAAAUUUGUCGAGAAAUAUCUACCCAACGCUAUGAACUAUCUGUUCAGUAUUCUGAAGGGCCGUGAAAAGGAUAGAAAUACUGCUUUUAUUACUAUCGGUUUGAUUGCGGUAGCUGUAGAGGAAGAAAUAGAUCCGUAUGCUGAUAGAAUAAUGGAACUGAUUAAAGGAUCGCUUCCAAAAGUCGAUACUCCUAGCAAACGUAGACCAGCAAUCGAUAGUUGUGUUUUCAAGUGCAUUACAUUCGUAGCUCUGGCUUUAAAACGACAUGAGCAAAUGGAAAUACCUGUCAUUUUGGAUCAGAUGCUACUUACUGGUUUAAGUCAAUCACUCACAAUAUGUCUUCGUGAGUUAGCCAAGAAAGUACCAGAACACAAGGACAAAAUCAGCUUGGGUUUACUUAGAAUCCUUUCUCACAUUCUGUUAAACAGGCCUUUACUGCAUCCAGGAAUGCCUAGAAACUUGACUUCUAAUGUUCCCUUGGUCACUUUGGCAAUGGACCCUAAUGGGACCGAUUUAAUUGUUUUGGCGCUUCACACAUUGGGUACAUUUGACUUUGAGGGACAACGACUUCUACCCUUUUUGCAGAGAUGCAUUAACUAUUUCCUAGUGCACGAAGUUACCGAAAUCCGCCUGGAAGCUGUCAGGACCACCAGUCGAUUGUUGCGACAUGCAGUUAAUCGCGCGGACAAGAAAACUAGUGAAACUCUGUCGAGAACAGUCGCCGAUGUGCUUGAAAAAUUGCUAAGCGUUGCGCUUAUCGAUAGCGAAGCACAAGUGCGGUACGGAGUUUUAACAUCACUGGAUCCAACUUUUGAUCAUCAUUUAGCGAAGGCCAAGUCGCUGGAGUCACUGUUUAUUGCCCUGCAAGAUGAAGAGUUUCGAAUUCGGGAGGUAGCUCUUUUAACAAUAGGACGUCUCAGCUGCAUGAACCCCGCUUACAUAAUGCCGAGUAUUCGAAAAGUGUUGGUGCAACUGUUGACUGAGCUGGAGCACUCAGGCACUGGUAGAAACAAAGAGCAAGGAGCUACCCUACUCGAUCACUUGGUUAUUCGAGCACCUAGAUUAAUUCGUCCAUAUAUGGAACCUAUUUUAAAGGUACUGGUUCCCAAACUAAAGGAAGGUGAACCAAAUCCAGGAGUUGUGUUAUCUGUGCUGUACGCUAUUGGUGAUCUUGCAGAGGUUACAGUUGGAGAUGCUGAGCUUCAAGUAUGGAUGCAAGAAUUAAUGGGGAUUUUACUGGAAAUUUUGGGAGAUGCUUCCGCCCCCGAUAAAAGAUGUGCAGCGCUGGUGACUUUAGGUCAGCUUGUCGGAGCCACUGGACACGUCGUAAGACCAUACAGUGAAUAUCCCGUUUUACUGGAUAUUCUGAUUAACUUUCUAAAGACUGAAGAACACCCAUACAUACGUCGAGAAACAAUUCGCGUAUUGGGUCUUCUUGGAGCGUUGGAUCCGUAUACACAUAAAAUGCACAGAGGUGAAAUUUACUACUUACCACAAGCUCCUACGUUGAUUCCAAUGCCAGACAAGAAUGCAGCUGAAGACAGCGACUUAACAUCGAGCGAAAUGCUCGUUAACAUGAGCUCCAGCACUUUGGAAGAAUAUUACUUAGCUAUGGCAAUAGCAACUUUAUUGAAGAUUAUACGAGACUCUACCUUGUCUCAGUAUCAUACCAUGGUUGUUAAAGCUGUUACUUUCACCUUUACUUGUUUGGGUAUCAAAUGUGUUCCCUACAUUGCUCAGGUUCUGCCAAGUCUACUGAACGUCGUUCGCACGGCAGACGUUAACUUUCGAGAAUUUCUUUUUCAACAGCUUGCCCAACUCAUAUCUAUUGUCAAGCAACAUAUAAGUAAUUAUCUUGAUGACAUUUGCGACUUGAUUAAAGAGUUUUGGACUCCUAACUGUGCCAUGCAAGGUACGAUGAUUCUUUUGCUGGAAAAUAUAGCUGAAGCAUUAGGGGCGGAGUUUAAGAUAUAUUUACCGCGGUUGAUACCACAAAUACUUAGAGUGUUGAAUCAUGAUACUUCCAUAGACAAACAGCACACCAUCAAUCUACUAAACGCUCUGCAUCGGUUCGGUAACAUUUUAGACGAUUAUAUGCAUUUGAUCUUGCCCCCUAUCGUUAGAUUAAUCGACGCUUCCGACUGCCCCAUGGCCGUUUCCAAACAAGCACUGGAAACAAUUGAUCAGCUGGCUGAAGUGAUUGAUUUAUCCGAUUACAUAUCUCGAAUAACCCAUCCUUUAGUGCGCACUAUCGACAAGAACCCGGAGUUACGUGACACGGCUAUGGAUACACUUUGCUCGUUGGUCACGCAACUGGGCAGGAAGUUCUGCAUAUUUGUACCCAUGGUGCAAAAAGUCUUGGUAAAGCACAAGAUCAAUCACAGAAGGUACAGUUCGACUGUAGUUUGUUCCAGUAAAAUAAUACAACUGUUCUGUAGCUGGGAGACUCUGGUCGCAGCAGUUGAAACUGAUACCACAAUGGCGGAUGAGCUGGAUUUGCCAAUGACCAGGCACCGAAAACAACGCAAAGAUCGGGAUAUUGGUAUGUCUGGGGACUCUUCCACAAUUCAAAGGUUGAAGGCAUCUGAACAAAGUCUGCAGGAAGCUUGGGUGCCUGUCAGAAGGGUAUCAAAGGACGAUUGGUUGGAGUGGCUUAGAGGACUAAGUUUGGAACUUUUAAAGCAAUCUCCGAUCCCUGCCCUUAAGUCUUGCCUGCCCUUAGCACAGAUUUAUUCUCAAUUGCCUCGAGACCUGUUUAAUGCUGCCUUUGUGAGUUGUUGGACGGAGCUGACUGAAAAUAUGCAAAAAGAGCUUAUUGGUUGCCUAGAGCAAGCACUGACAGUUCCUGAUGUCCCAGAAAUAACUCAAACCAUUCUGAAUUUGUCUGAGUUUAUGGAACACUGCGAUAAGGGACCCUUGCCUUUGAAUGGACGCUUAUUGGGCGAACAUGCAAUGCAUUGCAGAGCGUAUGCAAAAGCUUUGCAUUACAAAGAAGACGAAUUUUUACGUGGGGGCAGUAAGGAUCAGCAAGUGAUAGAAGCUCUGAUUUCAAUUAACAAUAAAUUGCAACAAAAAGAAGCAGCCGAGGGCUUACUGCAGUAUGUUAUGAGACAAGGAAACGAGGCUCAAGUGCAGGUUCGGUGGUACGAAAAACUACACAACUGGGACAAAGCGUUAGGAAUGUAUAAAUUCAAACUUGAAAAGGACGUUACCGAUCAAGAAGCCUGCCUGGGCCAAAUGAGAUGUUUGGAGGCUUUAGGCGAAUGGGGUCAGUUGCACGAUGUUUUUGAAAACAAAUUUACACUUCUUACUGAAGACAAUAAACAAAAAGCCUGUCGCUUAGCCCUAGCUUCCUCAUUUGGAUUACACAACUACGAGUCCAUGGAACGCUACGUGAAAGUCAUUCCCCAGAAUACCCAGGACGGCUCUUUCUAUAGAGCCAUUUUAGCUAUCCACAAGGAACAGUACAAAAUUGCUCAGGAUUUCAUUGAUCGUGCUAGAGACAUGAUAGACACAGAGCUAACUGCUAUGGCUGGAGAGAGUUAUCAACGAGCUUAUGGUGCCAUGGUCCAAGUUCAGAUGCUUAGCGAGUUGGAAGAGGUCAUGCAAUAUAAGUUAGUAUCUGAACGUCGCGAAACCAUCAAGCAGAUGUGGUGGCAACGGUUGCAGGCUGGGCAAAGGCUAGUUGAGGACUGGCAGAAAAUCAUUCAAGUUCAUUCCUUAGUUUUACAGCCUCAUGAGGAUUCCAAGUCCUGGCUCAAAUACGCCUCGUUAUGCCGAAAAAACGGAUCUGUGAAACCAUCCCACAAGACGCUAGUGAUGCUCUUAGGCUAUGACCCGGAACUUGCUCCAGAUAAGCCGCUCCCGGUCUCCCAACCGCAAGUAACGUUUGCUUAUUGCAAACAUUUAUGGCAAGUCGGAGACAAACAUCGGGCUUUUGAUCAGUUACAGACAUUUUUAAACGCUUAUGUGCAAUUAGAAGGAAUUGAAAGUUCCGUGGAGGACAGACAACGGCUUUUGGCAAGGUGUUUCUUGAAGCUUGGUUCCUGGCAAGAAAAUUUGGAAGGCAUAAACGCCACGUCCAUUCGUUCCGUGUUGAACUGCUACGAAAAAGCUACCGAAUUUGACAAGGAUUGGUACAAGGCUUGGCAUGCCUGGGCCUAUAUCAACUUUGAGACGGUUUUGCUCUACAAAAACAAGCAAGAAAAAGACUCCGAUCCAGCCUCUAGUAGCAAAAGGUCAAUUGAAGAGAUUGAUACCAACGAGCAUACUGUGUUAGCAGUUAGAGGAUUUUUCAAGUCAAUUCAGUUAUCUAAAGGCAGUUCUCUUCAGGACACAUUGCGAUUACUUACUCUCUGGUUUGACUAUGGCCUGUCUGCUCAGGUCUCAGAAGCAAUAACGGAUGGAAUCAGGGUAGUUGACAAGAAUACCUGGUUGCAAGUUAUUCCGCAAUUGAUUGCAAGGAUAGAUACCAACCGGCUGCUUGUAUCUAAAAACAUUCAUCAUCUGUUGGUUGAUAUUGGCAAAAUACAUCCGCAGGCUCUAGUGUAUCCUUUAACAGUAGCAUCAAAAAGUAAUUCUCCUAUCCGACGAAGUGCGGCCAACAAAAUCCUAAAAUCCAUGAGCGAACAUUUUCCAACUCUGGUUAGACAAGCGGUUAUGGCAUCCGAAGAGUUGAUUCGUGUCGCUAUUCUAUGGCAUGAAAUUUGGCAUGAAGGGUUGGAGGAGGCUUCCAGGUUGUAUUUUGGUGAGAAAAAUGUUGAAGGAAUGCUUCGAAUUUUGGAGCCUCUACAUCAAAUGAUGCAAAGGGGUCCACAAACCCUAAAAGAGACCAGUUUUAACCAAGCGUAUGGUCGCGAUUUAGCAGAGGCUCAUGAGUGGUGUCGAAGAUAUCGUUCUUCAGGAAACUCAAAAGACUUAAAUCAAGCAUGGGACUUGUACUACCAUGUAUUCAGAAGAAUUGUUCGACAAUUGCCACAAUUGACCACACUCGAACUGCAUUACGUAUCGCCUAAUUUGUUGAAAUGCCAGAAUUUAGAACUGGCUGUACCUGGCAGUUAUGCGCCGGGUCAACCCGUCGUGAGGAUCGCAUAUUUUCAGAGCUCUUUAGAGGUAAUAACAUCGAAACAACGCCCUCGAAAGCUGAUAAUUCGCGGUAGUAACGGUAAAGAUUACAUGUUUCUUCUGAAAGGCCACGAGGAUCUUCGACAGGAUGAGAGAGUUAUGCAAUUGUUUGGAUUGGUGAAUACGUUGCUACAAAAGGACCCGGAUACUUUUCGGCGAAAUUUGACUAUCCAGAGAUACGUUGUUAUACCACUAAGCACCAAGAGUGGACUGAUUGGUUGGGUACCGCACUGCGACACGUUACAUACCUUGAUACGGGAUUACAGGGACAAGAAAAAAAUCCUCUUGAACAUUGAGCAUAGAAUUAUGCUUCGAAUGGCGUCUGAUUACGAUCAUUUGAAUGUAAUGCAAAAGGUGGAAGUAUUUGAGCACGCGUUAGAGCACACCAAUGGAGACGAUUUAGCGCGCUUGUUAUGGCUGAAAAGCCCAUCAUCGGAAGUGUGGUUUGAGAGAAGAACGAACUACACCAGAUCCUUAGCAGUUAUGUCGAUGGUAGGAUACAUUUUAGGCUUGGGAGAUCGGCACCCCUCCAACCUGAUGUUGGAUCGUCUGAGUGGCAAGAUCUUACACAUCGACUUUGGUGACUGUUUUGAGGUAGCUAUGGAUCGGGAGAAAUUUCCAGAAAAAAUACCUUUUCGCCUUACCCGUAUGCUGAUAAAUGCAAUGGAGGUGACUGGUAUUGAAGGCACAUACCGACGUACUUGCGAGAGUGUCAUGUCUGUACUUCACAGAAAUAAGGACAGUGUAAUGGCUGUAUUAGAGGCGUUUGUUUAUGAUCCGUUACUCAAUUGGCGUCUCAUCGAAACCACUUAUAGAAAUCGCUCUAAUACAGAAGUAGGAAGUUAUUCAACGAGUACCUCGCAAGACGACUUUCCGGAGUCCCUCAGUGUGGUCCACAGACGUUCGUUACUAAUCGACAUAAUUAAUGAUGGUUCUCAACCGGAAACGGUCAGCAAAAAAGCAGUUACAAUUAUAAACCGGGUCAGGGACAAGUUAACGGGCAAAGAUUUCCACUCUGAAGAAAUGCUAACUGUCCAAAAGCAGGUUGAUUUGCUGAUCCAACAAGCGACAAGCAACGAGAAUCUUUGCCAGUGUUACAUAGGUUGGUGUCCGUUUUGGUAGGCUGAAUUACGAUAAUAAUUAUUCGAACAGUAUCGCUUAAAACUAAUGUAUGUAUCGAAUGUCGUAAUAGAGCAGAAUCGGCCCCGAAAGCUUAUACUUAAGUGAUUUAAAUUGUUUUUAGAAUAUGUUAUAUCAAUACAAAUGCUAUAUUUUU